AUGGUUUUACAACCAAAAGAAUUGCCAGAACCUUCAACAGAAAGAUGGGUUGAAAUUGCUAAUACUUUUUAUGACAAGACUAAUUUUCCGAACUGCUUAGGAGCAAUAGAUGGUAAGCACAUUCGAUGUAAAGGUCCAAACAAUUCAGACUCAUUAUACUUCAAGUACAAAAAGUAUUUUUCGAUUGUGUUGAUGGCAAUUGCUGAUGCUAACUUAUGUUUUAUUGCAAUUGAUGUUGGUGCCUAUGGCAAAGAGGGCAAUUCAAAUCCUUUUGUAUUUAUUGGAGACGAGGCAUUCGCCUUACAUUCUAACUUAUUAAGACCAUACCCAGGACGUGGUCUUAAUGAUACCAAACAAAUAUUUAACUAUAGGCUAUCAAGGGCACGAAGGACGGUAGAAUGUACCUUUGGUGUUCUGGCUAAUAAAUGGCGUGUCUUACAUACACCAAUACAGGUUGAACCUGAUUUUGUGGACGAAAUAAUUAAAUCGUGUUGUGUUUUAUACAACUUUGUUCGAAGAAGGGAUGGCUUCAACAACAAAGAUACAGAGACCAAUAUGUUGGAUGAUAUUGAAGUUCGUGGUACGGGUGCUCGUAGUCAAGGUACAGAAGUUAGAGACUAUUUCGCAAAAUAUUUUAUGGGACCUGGAUCAGUGCCCUUCCAAUUUCAAAAAAUUUAA